AUGGAGACCCGCACGGAAACAUACACACGCCACCAACUACCCUCGGCACGGCAAGGCCGCAUGAAGAUUGACUCGUUGCUGAACCCUUCUGCUGAUGGCGGGCCAGACGAACACAGCAGCACGACGGGGUCGCCAUACAGCCAGCACGCGACGAUGUCAUCCUCGUCGCACGGCAACGGCUACGCACAUUCACCGGGCUACCCACCAUCCCCAAAUCAGUACUGGCACGGACGAUAUCAGGGCUACCACGACACCAGCCCGGGCGCAGCAUCCACCGCAACGACGCACGUCAGCAGCGGCAGCGGUAGUGGUAGUGGUAGCUCGCAGCAUUAUCACCAGAGUCAACAUCACCCGAGUCAGCAUUCAGCCAGCGGACAUGGCCAGCACCACCAUCACCACAUGUUCCUGUCCUACCGACCCACGAACAGGUCAACCCACUCAUCGCCGGACCCGUACCACCCACGUGAGAGGUACGACUCCGUCUCUUCCAGCUCCAGCAACAACGGCGACCGGCGGCGGCCGCCACGACCCAAGUACGAAGAAGAAGAGAUGUACUUUAUUUGGUACCACCGCGUCGACCUGUGUCAGGAGUGGAAGGAAGUUCGCGAGAGUUUCAACCGUCAAUUCCCCAGUCGGCAGCGGCGCGGGUUCCAGGGUAUCCAGUGCAAGUUCUACCGGUUCAUCAAGGAGAAGAAGUGCCCGACGCUACGGGAGCAACGGCGUAUGCGCGAUGGCGAGUUCCUUCGUGAGGGGGCUUCGAUGGGGGCCGAGUCUGGGGCUCCACGGUUUGGUGUGAGGGAAUGGGCUGAUGUGUGGUAUCCGUGGAUGCGCGAGGAGAAGGAGAUGAACCAGACUCAGUCGCGCAUGUCAACGUGA